AUGAAACGACAAGCGCGUCGUUCUUGGAGUGGCUCUCACUCCUUGCUCACCAUGUCAAAACCCAAAGCUGACGAGCUCAGUAAGCUCGAGUCGGCUGUACCUCGCGAAGAUGACCUGAAGAAAGCAAGAACCGAAGCCAAUCUUGACUGCGGUGGUACCACAGCAAGUGAUAGGCACUCCUCAGAUGCGACGGCGGCAAGACAGUCCGAGAAUGUUGAAAUAUCGGAUAUACAAGACCGCGCUCCAGUGGAGCAGUCCGAGACUCCGAAGGCAAGAAAGAGAACGAAAUCAUCGCGCAAGAAACACACUGCAAAGAAGCACAAGGACAGAAAAUUCUGGAUACUCGAAACACUCACGCACAUGCCGUUUGACAUCUUCUGUGAAAUCGCGAGUCACUUGAGUCCGCUAGACUUGCUGAACAUGUCGCGCACAUCCAAGCAACUCAGAGCAUUCUUAACUUCAAAGGGCUCCAAGUCCAUAUGGCGUGUCGCUCGCGAUGCCGUCAAGCUACCAGAGUGUCCUUCUGACAUUAGCGAAGUGCAGUUUGCCGAUUUACUCUUCUCCAAGGGCUGCAGUUUGUGUGAUUCCCGUCGCACAAUUGGACUGUACUUUCGACUUAGGAUGCGGCUCUGCUCAAGUUGCAGCGACAACAAUGUCGUAUUAGGGUCUGAAAUCGAGAAGGAUUUCCAAUGUGAUGCAAAUUUUCUAAACUUGCUACCAAGAGAGCGCCGUCAUAGACCGGGUAGUUUACAGUGGUGUUUUGCUGUCAAUGAAGCACGGACUGUCUGGAAUCAAUUACAAUCACUGGCCGUCGAAUCUGCCAAAUAUGCCGACUUUGUGGCAGAAAGAGAGCAGAAAGUGAAGGAUAUUCUGAAGGAAUGUCGAUACAACGCAGGCCUGGUUGAAAGAUGGUGGCUCGAGCGAGCAUCUCGUUGGGAUAAAGAGGAGAAAAAGAUCAAGGGCGAACGAGAACAAGCUGUGUUUAAUAAGCUUAAGGAGAUCGGCUACUCGCAGUCUGAUUUUGAUCUCAGCUCUGAGUCUGACACGCACUACAUGCGGAGAAGGUGGGAAUCGCUUGUCCAGGGCAAGGGGAAGAGACUUUUGACAGAGCGCAUUUGGCAGAUUAUUCUUCCCAAACUACAAGAAGUUAUCUCGGACAGGCGAUCACGACGUGCAAUGUUUGAAGACUUCUUUUCUAGUGACCCUGAAUGCACAUGCGAUGAAUGUAUCGAAACCAACGUUUGGAUCGGCGAAGAUGAUUACAGUGACUAUGACGACGACGACGACGACGAUUGUUCUGGCACAGCUCCUGUUUCCUUGUCCAACACGCUCUCGGCAAUAAAGUUAGGACUGUGGGGCUGAAUCACGACCUGCUCUACUGUAUAAGGCCUCUCGAAUUCUUUAUGCGUUUACUACUUAUCGGACUCCAGUUCCCAAUCCUUUCAACUUAAUGCAUCGCAAUACGACUGAAGUUGGGAGGGCAUUUCUUGAUCGCAUGAAAUUGCCGUUUGAAAGACUGUCAACUCAUGUAUUUAACACCACAGCCCAAUACAUGUUGAUAGUUCGACUUUUUUGAGAUCAUCUGUGCUUGUGUUACAAGUCGUUGAGGGAAAGUGUUUGGAUAUAUGCGUGUUUCGGUGGUGGGACUAGGUGGGUUGAGAAGUUUUAGGCUGCAAGGGAAUUUAUUCUUUGCGCAAGCAUAGUUUUCUUUGUAAGAUGACGUUAAAAUAUAACAUGGGCCUACCUUCAACUUAUUGUCCUUGAUUAG